AUUCUAAGGGGCAGGGGGCAGCCAGAGCAACGCAACCUGCGCUUCCAAUCCUGAACCAUCUCUCUCUGGGUAGCUCUCUCUGCCCUUUCCACCACCUGGGGAAUUCCCAGGGUGAAGGAGACAGUCUUGGAUGAUCCCGCAGUCCGGAUCGUGACUGGUGACAUUUGGGCUGCUGCCUGAGUCUGCACCCUCAUCUUGACAUGUUGAGUUCCAAGAUUGGCAUUGCUGUCCUGUUGACAGUCUUGCAGGUGACCUAUGGACAGAAGAUGAACAGUUUGACUGCUUGUUUGGCGGACAAGAGCCUGAGGGUGGACUGUCGCUAUGAGAAUAACACCAAGUCCCCACUUCAGUAUGAGUUCAGCCUGACCCGAGAGAAACAAAAGCAUGUGCUGAACUCCACCAUUGGAGUGCCUGAGCAUGCCUACCGGAACCGGGUCAACCUCUCCAUCUUCCAUAACUACAUGGCUCUCUACCUGAAAGACUUCAGCCAAAAGGACGAGGGUGUCUAUGCCUGCGAGCUGCGUGCUUCUGGGAUCCCCAACUCCCUUGUCAGCAAGAACAUCACUGUCUACAAAGAUAAACUACAAACCUGUGGGGUCAUGAGCCUUCUGGUCCAGAAUACCUCCUGGCUGCUGCUGCUGCUACUUUCCCUCCCCCUCCUACAGGCCACGGAUUUUGAGUGCCUGUGAUUGGUUGGGGGGACAUGGAGGAAACAGAAAAGAUGAGCCCAGCCCCCAGGAACCCCCCUGUUUCUCUCUGAGCCGGCUGUCCCACUUCACCCCCCUCCCCGGGGAGGUGAGAGGAGGCAGGAAACCCCCCCCUCUAGAGGAAUCCUAGUUCCGCAUGCCAUCAUUCACCUACUCUUCCUCCACCUUGCCGCCUUGCACCCCAUACUCUCCUUACCCGGUACUACCGGCUGCAUUUUUGUAUUUGUCAUUCCAGGGCUGCUUCUGUGAUUUGUUUGGGGUUAUUUUUCUUCUUUCCUUAGGAAGUUUGUAAAGCAGGGAGCAAGGGGGCAGAGAAGAGACCAAGCCAGCUUUUGGAUUGGCAAGGAUGGAAUUGUUAUGACCUCUAGAGAGGUUCUACAGAGGAUAUACAUUGGGAUCUUCUGUCCCUGCCUGAGUUUAGGAGGACAGGCAAUGAUAUGGGGGAAGCAGUAUGUGGAAGGUAUCCUGUGUCAGGAGCAUCCCUUGGCCAGGAUGGGAAAAAACAACAGAACCAUUAUUGAAUUAAAGGAGAUGGUGGUUGCAAGUUUCUCAAACUUGCCAUGUUUUUACUGAGCUGGAAAGAACCACACCAGAAUGAUCAGUUAGAAAUGACUCCAUUUUUACCAUUUUCAGAAAUCUCCUAGAAAUACCCUUUUUCAGAAAAUCCCCCACUGGCAAGAAGCCUAGCAGCUAAUGCAGAACCAGAAAGUGAGGAAGAUAGAGGUGAAGAAGAAGGGAGGAGGGGAAAAGCUGUACGAGCAGUUUCCAUGAACUGAGAACUGCCCCUUCUAGUCUCUGCAUCCAAAUCUAAUGAAUGGGGGUUUAGGGAAAAGAUGGAUGGUAAAUAUACCAGUACUCCCAUCUCUAUUAUGUCCAUCUUCUUCCCAUUCUCACAUACACCAUCCUCUUUCACAAAGCUUCCAGAAUUCAAACCUAGGAGCUGAUGAUGAGUUAAGUCAGGCUGUGCUGAAAUAAUUGGAUCCUUGUAUAUGAAGGAAGCCUCCUGUUUGAAGAGACUAGGCAGUGAACUAAUGGUAUAGGUCUAAAUGGUAGUCAUGUCCCUGAGACAGCACCCUUCUAGGGCAUUCCUGUCCCCCAACCCUAUUAUUUGGGCUGCUCCGGUACCUCUCUGGUGACAUCGCAGAGCCACACUGGAGUUUUUUGAGGAAUACAAUGGAGAAAUAAAUGGUGCCAAUCCUCAUGAAAUUACUUCUAAAAAACCAGAACCCAGCUCCCCACGACCACUGGCAUUGCUGUCUUGUCCUGUGAUCAUGUGUAUCGUCUCCACAGCUUGUUGUAUUAUGGCAUCUAGCCAAGAAAAAACAAAACUAUACAAUAAAGCCAAGCCUCUGGA